AAUUUGCAUGAAGUUGUUAUUAAUGAAAAAGAAACUUUAGUUCAUCAAAAAGGCGUACUGAAAUUAAGCGGAAAAUCGUCCAAAAUGGCAAUGUUACCCUUACAUGAUACUAUGAAGAAAAUACUAGAAAAAGACAAUUAUUUGUCAGAGAUGUUGGCCGAAAUAAAGAAACUAAAAGAUAGCCAUAAUUUUACAAAUUAUUUUUUUAAUACUUCUCGUGCCAUGACUCUUAAAAUUAGCUAUAAACUUGAGCAACAGAUACUUUUGAUGUUUCCUACGGAGAAGCUGGAAUAUUACAGAUGCGACAGAAGAGGAAAAAUUUACUCCAGAUUUUGUUAUUUAAGGCAGUCGCUGAAAAAUAUAGAGAAAAAACAAUCUGCACCAGAAAGCCACGAUGGCUCAAAAGUCAUAUAUGAAGAUGUUGCAGCAGAUGCCGUUAAACGUCUUAGGUACGAGAAUGUAGAUGCAAGUGAGUUAAAUGAGCUAUGGCAACUAUCUUCUUCUAGCAGACUGGAAAAAAUUGUCAAUGAUUGUUUAAGUUUAUCAGAUAUUUUUAAGCUUUGGCCAGAGUAUAAGAAGCCAACGGGAUACAGACUAAUUGAUUUAGAUUUUAAACAUUUGUAUUCAUCUGCUAACGAUAUUCUUGAUAUCUUUGAGCCGAAAAUGAAAAAAUUGUACGACUUCUUUUCUAAGCCAAAUACUUUGAAAGAUUCCAAUUGUAGUGUGCUUCUAAAAAAGCUAACCGACGAUGUUGUUGCUAAAGGUUAGUAAAAUAAAUAAUAAUAACAGUUAUGUUUGAAAAUGAAUCUUAUUUCUUCUAUUUUUGGGAGACACGUCCUAUAUUUUCACAACUCUUUGGUGUCUUCAUGAAUAUUUAUUUCCAACUGGGCGCGUGGUACAAAAAGACAACACCGGCAAAAAAAUAACACGAAGAUUUACUAUAAAAGACUCACAAGAGUCGGUAUGCUUCGUUGGCCAAACCGUGCAACAAUUGGAACAAUUCAUCUCUUUUCAAAAAAGUCGAAACCUAAAUAUUCAGCCAUUUAUUUUAGCUCUUGGAGAGUCAAAUUUUAAAAAUUUUGAGAAUUUUAUUUUAUAUUUGGACGAUCAUCGGUUAAAAUUUGAUCAUUUUAUUCGCUGUUUUGAUGUCUGUUUUAAAUCCUACCAUAUAUUUAAUCUCAAAUAUCCGGAAGCAUCGAAUCACUUUUGGAAAUUUAUUGAAAUUUAUUUUUAUGAAAUAUCGUAUAAAAAUUCUAAAAACUCCCCAAAGGCCAGCAUUCUAAAAGCUGAAUUAAUGCACUAAUUU